UUCAAGAUGGCAGUUGAAAGUUUCAGAAGUUGUGUCAAUGGUGCUUGUUGGACUGUGUAUGUGUUAUGUAUCCUAUCUUCGACAUGUUUCGGUUUAUCAGAUGAUCCACAGAUGACAUUCGAUAAACUAUUUUCCGCAGGAAUGCUAGCAUACAAUCAGGAAGAUUGGCAGACAUGCAUUCGAAGCAUGGAGCGUGCUCAGGAUGAUUUCAAGUUUUAUAAACAGACAGUCUUGGACUGUAGAAUAAACUGUCGAAAAAAGUUUAGAACUUUUGAAAACGGCGACCUCGAAAGUUCGGUUAAACAGACAGACAAUAGUUUGAGUUUUUUGAAGUUUUAUGAUCAAAUAAUUUUUGAGUCGGACUGUAUAAAAAGAUGCAGAAAGUCCAUCUUUGGAGAAAGACCUGAGAAAGUUCCAAAAAAUGUUUUGACGAAUUUUGAAAAUCGUCUUGCAUACAGCUACUUACAGUUUUGUUAUUACAAGAUUCGUCGAAUGGUGGAUGCCACAUCUGCGGCCUACACUUUCUUUCUGAAAAACCCUGACCACCAAGAUACCAUUAACAACAUCCAGUCAUACCGCAGAUUGUUCGACGUCAAGGAUGAGGAAAUCGUCGAUAUGGAGCGUAAGCAAUAUAAGGUGUACAGAGGUGAGGGGGAGAAGGCCUACCAGAUGGAGGACUGGGACAAGGUCAUCACAAGCUUUGAGAGGGCGCUCCAGGAGUACUACCUUGAGCACGAGCGUUGUCGUGCCGACUGUGAGGGCCAGUACGAACACGAGAGAGAUCCGGACUUCAUACACGCUGUCGCAGAUCACUAUAUCUCCGUACUACAGUGCCAGGUAGACUGCGCCGUUGUUCUCAGUAAGAUCUACGUCCAUCAACAGCCAAACUAUUUUGCGGAGCAUUUCCACUACUUACAGUUUGCCUAUUACAAGAAAAAAGACUAUGAUCGUGCAGUAGAAGCCGCGGGGACCUACCUGUUGUUUUUACCAGACAAUGAGGACAUGAUGGCCAACAAGAUGUUUUAUGUACAGAAACUUGGUUAUCAUGAAGCCCAUUUCACCCCUAGAAAGGAGGCCUUACAAUACUACAAAAGACAGUUAAUGAUGGAAAAUAUGUUAGAUUUUGUCAACAUGAAAUAUUCCACGGGUGUGGACGAGGAUGAGGACGAAUAUGACGAGGAUAGUGGUGAGGGAGACCAGGAUGACCGUAUAGAUGAGGAUGUGAUGGGGGACGUUGUGAAUGACAUGAUUAAUGACCCUGAGGGACAGGAAAACUACAUGAAGAUCUUUGAGAGGAUCGGUAUGAAGAUUCUCCAGGAUAAAGAGGAUCUGAAGGGUCCUAGAUUUGUAGCGAGGGGUUUCACACGAGAGGGCCAGUGUAUAGAGCUGAUGUACAUGAUCAAUUCAAUAAAACCGGACCAGAAUGGCAUCAGACAACUCUCUGUACGCGAGGCUUUGGAGCUUGUAAAGAAUGAUUCAGACUAUGAGAUGGCCCUGAGGACAAUGUUGAAGACUUCUGAGAUAGUGAGACACUACAAUGGCAGGUUCUUCAACAAAACAGAAUUCUUCAUCAAGGAUGUGAAACUUGCGUGCAGAGAACCUGUAGAAAAUGGUGAGGUCCCUUGUGUCCCCCAGGAGACAGGACAGUGUGUGGAUGAUACGGAAAUGUUGGAGGAUGACUCACACAAUGACUACAUGAGUGUGUCUUACCUGACAGACAACGAUGACAGUGAAAUCUACUUCCUGGACAGGUGGAGGAGGAAACAGUCUUCGUCCUUGCCCGGUAGUAUAAAAUGUGGACACUUGGUAGGUUUUGAAGCCUCCGAUAGACACGGAAUCAUUCCAUCCAAGACUCAAAGAUGUGCUAUGGUAAUAACGUAUACCUCAGACCGUCGUCAUGACAACCCCAUCAUCCGUAAAGCCAAGACCUAUCUACUCAGUCUGGAGGACCAAAGAUCAGCCAUCAAUAAUUCUGUCAUUCUUCAGAAGUUUGAAAAAGAAGGUACAGUAGUUGUCCAGGCUAACGAGGAACUCCAUAGAAAUGAGCGGGUAAUAGCAGACGGUCUGAUUGAUGAGGAGGCCUGCUCCGCUCUCAUUGACCUGGCAAAGAAUGGAGGUAUAAUUGGUGAUGGGUACAGCGAGAAAGGCAACUAUGAAGCGGUGGCUAUAUCUCCACAUACAGAUAAUGAGAUAUUUGAGGGACUCACAAUCAGGCGUGCCAUCAAGCUGGUAAAGACUGGAGCAGUGAGUAAAGAAUCUGUGGAGCUUUAUCUUAGUGCCAGUGAACGCAGUCGUCUGUUUGUGGAGAAGUUCUUCAAUCUCACCAAGCCACUCUACUUUGACUUCACUCAUCUCGUGUGUCGCACUGCUGUAGAAGGUGUACAGACUGGACGGACAGAUCCCAGCCACCCUGUCCACGGUGACAACUGUCAGCUAAACCUUCAGGACGGCACCUGUAAACGUUCCUUUCCUGCCUUCGUCCAGCGUGAUUACAGUGCCGUCAUGUAUCUGAAUGAAGAGUUUGAAGGUGGAGAAUUUUUCUUUGCUCAUUCCAACACAAGUGCUGAUGUUACUCUCAAACCUAAAUGUGGACGAAUUGUUGGUUUUAAUGCUGCACAUCUCCAUGGGGUGAAUAGCGUGACAAAAGGCCAGAGGUGUGCUGUGGCUAUGUGGUAUACACUGGACCCUAACUACAAAGAAUUAGCGAGGACUCAAGCUCAUAAAGUUCUCACAAGUCUGUCGGCCUCCCAGGAAAACAUUGAGGGGAGCCACACAGCGGACAUCUGUCCAUGA